AUGAAGCUGCUUGCAAUGACCGUGCUGCUCCUUACCAUCUGUAGCCUUGAAGGAGCUUUGGUUCGGAGACAGGCGGAGGAGCCGAGUCUGCAGAGCCUCUUCUCUCAGUACUUUCAGACUGUGACCGAUUAUGGCAAGGACCUGGUGGACAAGGCCAAGGGCACAGAGCUUCAGGCCCAGGCCAAGACUUACUUUGAAAAGAUGCAGGAGCAGCUGACACCUAUAGUCAAGAAGUUUGGAACUGAUCUGAUUAACUUCGUGAGCCAUUUCACGGACCACAAAACACAGCCUGCCACCCAGUGA